AUGUCUGUCUGUCCACCAUAUGCGCCCUUCUUUGGGUUUGGGGGGGUAGCAUCUGCCAUGAUCUUUAGCACUGUUGGCGCAGCGUUUGGGACAUCGAAGGCAGGCAUUGGAAUUGCAGGACUUGGGACAUUCAAGCCUGAGUUAAUCAUGAAGUCUCUCAUUCCGGUGGUCAUGUCCGGCAUCAUUGCAGUGUAUGGACUGGUCGUCUCGGUGCUCAUCGCUGGUGGACUACGACCGAACGAUUACUCCUUAUACGCUGGCUUUAUCCACCUAGGUGCUGGUCUUGCUUGUGGGCUUACUGGGCUAGCCGCCGGCUACGCCAUCGGAUUUGUAGGCGAUUCGUGCGUACGUGCAUACGUACAUGAAUCAAAAGUAUUUGUGGCCAUGGUAUUGAUCCUGAUCUUCGGAGAGGUGUUGGGACUGUAUGGACUGAUCGUGGCUCUUAUCAUGAAUUCUCGAGCAACGGAGGCACCAUCAUGUACAUAA